CCGCAAACGAAAUAUCUGAAUAGCCGGAAAAAACGAUGUCGUUUGUCUGCCUCAAAACUUGAUAUGGGGAAGGGAGAGCAGCCUGACUGCCAGAACCACAAUUUGUGGAAAAGAUGGAGCUAUUUUUAGGGUCUUUCCAGAAUCUAAGGCAGUAAGUUCAUCGCUGAUUUUGUGAUUCCGUAAAGCGUUCGUCUUCCGAGGAGAGUUCAGAGAAGAAGAAAUGGAUGUCAAGAAGGGCAAAGAUCACUGGGCCUUUUUGGAAGAUAUUGAGGCACCUAUGUGGGUGGAUCUCACCUUGGGGUCUGAGUUCUGCAACAAAGACAUUGGUGAUCAGUGGUUCUAUACCAGCCAUCCGUUCCAUCAAUGUUCUUCUCACCAGCUGAAGUCCACAAUUUUUCAUCCUUUUGAGGAAAGUACAGCCUCAGAGUUAGAGAUGGAGGGGCCAUCUUCCCCUAAAAUUCCAGGUUCAGUUUCAAGAUCAAGAGGGAAGCAUUAUAGGAAAAAGAAAUGGAGUAGAUAUGAUGAUGCUUCUUCGGUCAAUAUGCAGCAUCCUUUUAAGAAUCUAAAAGGGAAGUCGUCAUUGGUGAAUUUAGGGAACAAUGAAGAAAUACAACCUAAGUCUAGCUUUGUCAAUGCUAAAGGAAUUUUAGGUAAUUUGAAAACAAGAACAUGUUUGUUCAAUAAGAAGGAUUUAACUAACAGUGUCGGAGCAAAUGGUAUGAAAGCUACACUUGUUCAUGGAGAUUCGAAGACUAGUUCAUGUUCUGUGUCAGAUGAGGUAGCCGAGAGCAAUACAAGUACUGUUACGUAUGAGAGUAGCCAGCAACAGCAGCAAAAGCUACUUGAGGUAUCAAGUCAAGCAUUUGGUCAGACUCAUACAAGCGGGCUCUUGUCCGCCGUGAAGAUUAGUCUUAGGAAAAGCUGUAUUAACAGAAAACCAUCUAGAGUGUUGAUUAAUAAUGAAAGUGUGCAAUCAGGAGACCAACCAUCUUCAUCUAGCAAUUCUAAUGUUGGAUCAUCCUUGACCACAAGAUCAAGUGACCGUAGAUCCACUUCUAGUAAAUCCAGUGUGGGCUCAACUUCAAACCCUGUUUCCAGUGUUAAGAGCUCAACAUCGACAUCAGUACGUAAAAAACAACAGGCUCCAUGUGGUAACAACGUUGUGAAAAUGACUCAAGCGGCAAAGAACAAAGUAAAACAUUCCAAUGUGGCCAGAGCAUCUACAUUUCGUCUUAAGGAGGGGAUCUCUGGCUCUAGAAGAGGAAACACAUGUAAUGUUAGAAAAGCGGUGCUCCUGGAGCCUGCAAAGUCUACGGUUCAUUAUCAGAAUCCACAUGCCAAAGUUUCUACGCUGCUUGGAGUUAAAAAAGAAGAGUUGUUUAACGGUGCCAAAAAAGCUAAGGAGAAACUGAGAGUUAACAGACCCAACAGAUAUGAAGGCUUGGGAAAGGAGAACGCGGCAGGUAGAUUGUUGGUAGUUCAGAGACGCAAUGGCGGAGGCAAUACUGCUGGAGCAAUAGUCAUAGAUAAAAGGCCAGAUCCAAAGCUGUUGCUCAGGAGUGGCAAAACAAGAUUGAUUGGUCCAAAGGGAAAGAUGAGUGACCGAAGUGAAGGCACAACUGGAACUAAUGCAGUGCACAAGCUCUACCCUCGAUGAAUGAGUAGAAUAGCUAUGUGUUUGUAUGUACUGUGUAUAUCCGUUUCUUCUUUAGCUUAGAGCUAACCUGAGAUUAUACAAGAAUAUUUUGCCUUCUUCGAUGUUCUCGACAUCAUUUUCUGGAUCUUACGGGUUCUAGGCUUAUGGCCGGCGGCUAAUACCUCUCACAACUUUGAAUGUUUUGAUUCUUUUUUUACUUAGGUAUGAUUGCCUUUAUUUUGUAUACUGCUUACACGUAUUUCCAUGGCUAUGUUAUCUCUAUGCUGAUGCAGCCUAUCCCACAUUA